CUUGCCGGAAGUAGGGCACAGCUGCCAACUCGCCAUGCGGCUAUUGCUCCUGGCUCCCAGGCGAGCCCAGACGGGCAACGGGACCACCGCCCGGAGGAUCCAAGAUCAUUUACACGCUGCUGGGCAUUUGUGUGUCUUGAAGGACACCUCUGAUUAUGAGUCCCCGUUGGCAAUUUCAAAUCUCAUCUCUUCGGAGAAAUUGGAGGCAGCUCUGGGCAUCCAUCUCUUUAAAGCUGGAAAGCUUCUUCAAGGAAGUCCCGUUCCUUUUGGAAUUAUUUUUGGAGGCACAGAUGUUAAUGAAGAUGCCAAAAUUGAGGAGAAGGCCAAAAUUAUGGAGAAGGUGUUGGAUGAAGCCAGGUUUGCUGUGUCCUUCACUGAAGCCAUGAAAGAAGCAGCUGCAACAUAUUGGACUCUGUGGCUCAGACUGCUAAUGCAGUCUGUUAUUAACAGCAGCUGCCUGCAAUUACUGCAGGUUCAAGUCCCACCAGGCCCAAGGUUGACUCAGCCUUCCAUCCUUUAUAAGCCUCAAACCAGGAACAAAAUCUGUGUCCAGGCUCAAGGGAUUGCCCAAGACGACCAGAAUGUAUACCUCUUCGUGCUGAUCUGUGGACUAAGGAGAGUCAAAGAUCCACUUUAUUUACUGGAUGCUUUUUCAGAGUGGCAUCGGGGAGAUUCCAGGGUACACCUGCUCAUUGUUGGACCUGCUGCUGAUCCAACCUUCGCAAAAGAAGUCGAGGAGAAGGUGAACAGGUCAUUUGGGGUCCACUUAUUGCCAGAAGUCCCCCAGGAAGAUCUGCACGCCAUUAUGAAAAACUGUUUUGCCGUGGUUAACAGUUCGGUAUCUGAAGGGAUGUCAGCUGCAAUUUUAGAGGCAAUGGAUUUAAAUGUCCCCGUGCUGGCAAGGAAUAUUCCAGGAAACGCUGCUGUAAUUGUACACCAAACAACUGGAUUAUUAUAUAUGACCCCCCAGGAAUUUGUCCAGCUGGCCAAAACUUUGAUGAAGGACCCAGUUUUGUACAGAGAGAUUGUAAGAAAGGCACAUGAAUAUGUCCUGAAACACCAUUCAUGGGAGAAAGAAAGGAAGGUCUAUCAGAAACUUGUUUUGAGACUCCAUGAAUGUUCUUGUAUCAAGCAACCAUGAGUUACCAACCACUGUGGUCAACCAGGUUUUCUUCAUCUUAAUAAUCUGAUUUGUCUUCAUUAAUGUUAAUGUUAUAGUCAGGGCUCCAAGUAACACAUCCAACGAAAAAGGUUAUUACUGUUGUGAUUUUGUAGAUUUUGUUCUCCUUCAGAGUCAGAAUGUACAGUAUAUACCGGUAGUAGACUUCUACAGCCUGGUAGCCUCCAGGAGCAUGGGACUUCUGUUCAGUGCAGGGAUUCAGCCAGUUCACACCACUUCGGGAGAACUGGUUGUUAACUUUCUGAGAAGUUUGGUGAACUGGUUGUUGGAAGAAAUCCUUAGGACCGGUUGUUAAAUUAUUUGAAUCCUACCACCACUUCUGUUCCCAUAAUGCCCUACCAGUCAUUACCAAAGGACUAUGGGAACUUGAAUUCAAACACAUUACAGAACCCCAAGUUGAAAAAAAUCCUAAAUAUACAAUCAAUCUAAUGCUUAUUGCUGAUUUGAAGCACUGUAUAGAUUUUUUUGCAUGAAGCAUAAGAAAUUGAAUUUAUGAUUUGUGGUUGGGUUGAUCAGAAGGAAUAAAUUAUAGGAAAAAUAGUUAUGCUGUACAUAACAGAGCAAGGGGUUAUGCUGUACAUAACAGAGCAAGGGGUAAAUUUAGAAUUGCUUAUAUAACAGAUGUAGUAAAGAAAAUUGGAAAUUAUUUCUAUAUAUUUUUGUUCUCUCUUUGCUUUUCCACUUUUAAUUGUUUCUUUGAUCUUUUCUUCCUUCCUUCCUUUCCUUCCCUUCCUUCCUUCUUCCCUCCCUCCCUCCCUCCCUUUCCUCUCUCCCUCCCUCCUUCCUUCCUUCCUCUUUCUUUCUUUCUUUCUUUCUUUUCUUCCUUCCUUCUUUUCUUUUUUUCUUUCUUUCUCUAUAUUAGUUUCCAUUGCUUUUUAUCCUCUUUUUAAAAAUUCUUAAUAAUUUUUGUGCAUCAAAAUUGCAUGCACAUAAUGCAUUAAAUAAAAUAAUCUUUCUGAAUGAUAGUGCACGGUUGAGGUUAUGGUAAUAAAUAGUGAAUAUCUGCUUUAUUUGGGGUAAUUUCACCUGCAUCUGUACAUGGAUAAGCAGAUACUCAACUAGAGAUAUCUAGAACAUCAUAUAAAGCCCUGUCUAGAAUUAAGCACUAACCCCCUCAAAAUUAUUUGAGUCUUUGCUGCUAUGGAUUCACAGCUUUCACCCAACUCCAGAAGAGCAAACCUCAAAUUUGAACCUAGUCAGCCAGUUUUACAUCUGCUGCUGUUUCCAUGGGGAAAGAAAAAAAAUGACAACUUUAAAGGUUUUUUUUUAAGAGUUGCUUUUCUCGGCCCAAAGAAUGGGGAUGAAAAAAAUUUAAUUUCCUCUUCUUGUCAGCUGCAGUUGGAGAAGUAGUUUUAUACACACAUGUGCACACGGAUACACUCAUUCCCUACGGUUGGUAACUGCAUUUUUUUAAAUCAAAAAAAAAAAAAAUGAAUUGGACUCUAUUGGUCCAAAAUAGCCAAUAAAAAAGACGAAUCCAUCUUGAAAGCAGAACUAGAUAAAUGCUACCUAUCGGAGUCUCUCUCUUAAUGAUCUCCUGCCGGUAACAUAGCAAAAAUCCUGGCUGGGGGGAGGCGAAAACAACUCAACCCAUCUGUUGAGCGAAGAUCAUCUUCAGACCGAGUGAUUUGAUUUAUUUAUAAAUUCCUGGGGAACGGUAGAUACCUCAAAAUAAAACAGCCUUUCGGCUGCAUUUCCUUAUGCAAUGUUCUCUUUCUUGCAAGUUCAUUUGUAUUGGUUACAUAGAGCAAUUUCGGCUCUUUGGUGUAAUAUUUUUGACUUCUUAAAUCCCUUAGUCAUUACUGUUAUUCGAUAGGCGUUCAUAAGAUUUGUCUCUCACCUCCCUCCCUCCCCCCAAAAAAAGCAAUUAAAGGAAGAUCUUUCGGCCCAUAUAUCUUAGCGCAAGCGUAAUUCAUUUUUCAUUCACAGUAAUACUGGUUUUUUUUUAGCGCUUACAAACAAAAAACCUUUCUGGAGUUCUGUUUUUUUUCUUUUCUUUUAACAACCAAACUGUUGUUUUACGUUGCUUCAAUGAAACCCCGCUGAUCUUGGUUUGGUUCAUCUGGGCUACCCUGGGCCUUGCAUGUUUGAAUAUUCGUUAGAAUAUGCUAACGAAGAGAAGGUUUAGUGGGUGAGGUGAUAAGCAGUCUUCCAAUAUUUGAGGGGCUGUCACAAAGAAGAGGGGUGUCAAAUUAUUUGCCAAAGCACCAGACAAGAAACAAUGGAGGGAAACUAAUCAAAAAGAGAAGCCAUCUGGAAUUAAGGAGAAACUUCCUAACAGUGAGGACAAUUAACCAGCGGAACUGCUUGCCACCAGAAGUUGUGGGUGCUCCAUUAAUGGAGGUCUUUCAGAAGAGAUUGGACAGCCAUUUGUCUGAAGUGGUAGAGGGUCUCCUGCUCGAACAAGGGGCUGGACUAGAAGAUUUCUAAGGUCCCUUCCAAUUCCAUUACAGGCAGUCCUCGACAAUGUCCCUGAAAAAGGACCAGGGGUGAAAUCUACACUUACCUUCCCUACCAGUUUGGAAGUGCGCACGCUUUUGUCACGUCUGAUUUUUGACCCUCUGCAUAUGUGCAGAAGGCUUUGCGCAUGCCCAGAGGGUUAAAAACCAGGAAGUAACAACUGGAUGGAGCCUCGCAUGCCGGACAGAAAUGGCAGGAUUUCACCACUACUUAGGACCAUUUUUCACACUUACAACAAUUGCAGUAACCGCAACAAAAUUCAGACGCUUGGCAAUUGAUUCAUAUUUAUGAUGGUCGCCGCAUCCUGGGAUCCCCUUUUGCGACCUCCUGACAAGUGAAGUCCAAUUCUACAGAGGAAUUAUUGAGUCUGUCAUUUGCACCUCUAUAACUGUCUGGUUCGGUUCUGCAACCCAACAAGAAAAACACAGACUUCAGAGGAUAAUUAGAACUGCAGAAAAAAUAAUUGCUACCAACCUGCCUUCCAUUGAGGACCUGUAUACUGCACGAAUCAAGAAGAGGGCCAUGAAAAUAUUUGCAGAUCCCUCGCAUCCUGGACAUAAACUGUUUCAACUCCUACCCUCAAAACGACGCUAUAGAGCACUGCACACCAGAACAACUAGACACAAGAACAGUUUUUUCCCGAAGGCCAUCACUCUGCUAAACAAAUAAUUCCCUCAACACUGUCAGACUAUUUACUGAAUCUGCACUACUAUUAAUCGUCUCAUAGUUCCCAUCACCAAUCUCUUUCCACUUAUGACUGUAUGACUAUAACUUGUUGCUGGCAAUCCUUAUGAUUUAUAUUGAUAUAUUGAUCAUCAAUUGUGUUGUAAAUGUUGUACCUUGAUGAACGUAUCUUUUCUUUUAUGUACACUGAGAGCAUAUGCACCAAGACAAAUUCCUUGUGUGUCCAAUCACACUUGGCCAAUAAAAAAAUUCUAUUCUAUUCUAUUCUAGGGAAACCAGAUUCACUUAACGACCAUGUGACUAACUUAACUGCUGCAGCGAUUCGCUUAACAAUGUUGGUAAGAAAGAUCGUAAAACUGGGGUUCGAAAUUCACUUAAGCGUCUCGCUUAGCGAGAACAUAAAUGUUGGGCUCCAGUGUGGUCGUAAGUCGAGGACUACCUGUGUUCUGUGUAUCCUGCAGUUCUUCUCUAGGCUGGUUUUCCAGUUGGACUACAGCUAUCUUCCACAGCGAGUAAUGGUUAUGUCGGCAGAGAGGAAACUGCUGCACACAAUCCAGAAAGUCAGUCCUUGAUGUGAAAUGCCAUCUAUCUAUGUAUCAACAGUAGAAACCUUCAAAUUUCUAGGUUCUAUCAUAUCGCAAGAUCUAAAAUGGACAGUUAACAUCAAAAACAUCAUCAAAAAAGGACAACAAAGACUGUUCUUUCUGCGCCAACUCAGAAAGCUCAAACUGCCCAAGGAGCUACUGAUCCAGUUCUACAGAGGAAUUAUUGAGUCUGUCAUUUGCACCUCUAUAACUGUCUGGUUCGGUUCUGCAACCCAACAAGAAAGACACAGACUUCAGAGGAUAAUUAGAACUGCAGAAAAAAUAAUUGCUACCAACCUGCCUUCCAUUGAGGACCUGUAUACUGCACGAAUCAAGAAGAGGGCCAUGAAAAUAUUUACAGAUCCCUCACAUCCUGGACAUAAACUGUUUCAACUCCUACCCUCAAAACGACGCUAUAGAGCACUGCACACCAGAACAACUAGACACAAGAACAGUUUUUUCCCGAAGGCCAUCACUCUGCUAAACAAAUAAUUCCCUCAACACUGUCAAACUAUUUACUAAAUCUGCACUACUAUUAAUCUUCUCAUCGUUCCCAUCACCAAUCUCUUUCCACUUAUGACUGUAUGA